UUUUGGGGGGGCGUUUCCAUUUUGUUUGUUUAAUCUUGGGUCAUAUCUCUGCUUCCCUCAUGGUGUCAAAUGUCGUCGGCUGUGGGCCUUCAACUCGUUUUCCCUCACGACCUGUGAUGUCAACUAUAAGGCGUUUUUUGGGGGAGUUUGAUCCGUCCGUUUCCUGGUCCUUUACUUUAUCCCACAUGAACGACAGACGUCAUGAAAUACAGUAACGAACCGUCCUGUUUUAACGAUUAUGAUUGCUUUUCCUCAUCUUGGAUCAGAGUCCUCACCGAGGUGGGUUGGGGUCUUCGCAGAGAUCUGGCGGGCGUGGCAGCCGGGUGGGCGGUGGUAGUGCCAGUGAGCAGGAGAAGGUGUCUUGCUGCGAGCGCGGGAAAGAGGCGGGAGGCCAGGAAGUUGAUGGAAGGGAGAAUCUCCCUAUGUCAGUUCGGACGUCAUCAAGCUGUCCCGCGCAGUCCAAUGGGUCCCUGGGUGGCAACAGCAAGGCUCUGGGAACAGUUAAUUUAUCGGCGUGCCAUUGGUCGAAAAAUUAACUUUCUUCACUCUUCGUUCCACGAAACCUUCCUGCUUGGCUGGUUCCUGUCAAAGAGCUGUUUUAAUCCAAGGGCUUCGUGGCCUUUGUCAGACCGUGACUGCCUGCCGACUGCUCACCGAGAAAGUUGCCUCUCCCCCGUUCGUUGCCUACCUAGGAGGCGCGGUUUCGGGCAAUCCUUGUUUCCAAGAGGGGGGGGUUCCAGGGGAGGGAGAAAGGGAGGUAGUUGUUGGCUUCCGUGGCGAAGAUGUCUAAGUCAUGGCACAAGAUCAAGCAACGGUCCAACUUUGGCAAGGGGCAACGGAAUGCUCGUCAUGGGACCAAUGUCCAAAGGCACCUUUCCUUUUGGGUCAGCACCGGACUCUAUACGUCCUAGCCAGAUCCCGCCAGGUAGCUGGCGUCGGGAUUGUCGAAUAGAAAGACUCUUUUAGCUUUCUGUUUGCUACGAUGCCUGAUCUAGAACUCUACGUGAUCGGGAGGGUGGGUGUCUGGGGACUCUCUUACUUACAUCACAUCUGUUCUCGCGAAGUAUAUCGGGCCAGGCGCCUGUAAUGCAACGCAAACU